GGAGGAGGAGGUGCGGGUGGGGGAGGCGAGGUCACAGGAGCUGCAGGCCAAGGCAGCGGCCUUUGUGCUGCGCCGCACUGCUGCAGUCAAUGCCGCCUACCUGCCUCCCAAAUCAGAGUACAUAGUGUUUUGUCGUCUGCACGCCCAGCAGGCACGCCAGUACUCCGACUUUCUGCGCUCCACCCACGUGCGGUCGCUGCUCUAUGCCACGGCGCGCGGCAGCACAGCCAGUGCGCUCACGGCCAUCUGCCACCUCCGCAAGCUCUGCCUGCACCCCGCCCUCGCUGCCCCCCCCACGCCCUCCUUCCCCCCCCCGCGCUCCCCCUCCCCUGCUGCCUCCGCCUCUGCUGGCUGCGCUGCUGCGGGGGAGGAAGGGGGAGAUGAGGAGGAAUGGGCAGGGGAUGAGGAGCAAGACGAGGUGGAAGAGGAGGAGCAGGGGAAUGUAGAGUGGCCGGCAGAGGGCGGGGAGGUGGAGGGAUGUGAGGGAGGGGUGUCAGAAGUGAACGAGGCAGAGCAGAAGCGCUAUGGUUUCAGGCCCCCAUCCAUGCUCCCCCAGGCGUCCCCAUCCGCCCAGGGCGCGCCCCUGUCGCGCACAGCAGCAGCAGCGGCGUUGGCAGCGGCGCUCAAGGCGCUGGGCGCUGAUGCAUGGCGGCUCAGCGGCAAGCUGCACGUGCUCGCGCUGCUGCUGCACGCCAUCCUGGGGGGGGACAGCAACAGCAACAGCAACAGCAACAGCAACAGCAACAGCAACAGCAGCACCUUGGCGGGUGGGGGCGAGGGCAGUGCGCUGUCUAGCAUCACGGAUGGCAGCAGUGCCACUCGUGCUCAUUUCAGUGCUGCUGCUGGUGCUGGUGGUGGUGGCGGGGGUGGCGGGGGUGGCAGUGGCGAUAAGGUGGUAAUCGUGUCAAACUUCACACGGGCACUUGAUGUGAUCGAGGCGAUGUGUUCAUGGCACGGGUGGAGGAGCACGCGGCUGGACGGCAGCACGGAGGCAGCGACACGGCAGGCGGUGGUGAGUGCGUUCAACGCGGGGCGCGACGGCAGCUGCUGCUUCCUGCUGUCGUCCAAGGCAGGCGGCGCCGGGCUCAACCUCGUGGGCGCCAACCGCCUCGUGCUCUUCGACCCCGACUGGAACCCCGCCACCGACCACCAGGCGAUGGCGCGCGUGUGGAGGGACGGGCAGAGCAAGGCGGUGGUGAUCUACCGCAUGCUCGCCACUGGCAGCAUCGAGGAGAAGAUCUUCCAGCGGCAGCUCAUGAAGGGCGACGUGGCCAGCGCUGUGGGCGAUGGCACUGCACUGCCGGGCAACAGCACUGGCGCCAGGGGGGUUAGCGGUGGCAGUGGCAGCAGCAAGGGUGGCGCGGGGCACUUCACCAAGGAAGAGCUGCGCGAGCUGUUCAUCCUGGAGCAGGUCACUGCGUGUGACACGCUGGACCUGCUGCUGCGCUCCAACUCCCCUCUCUCCGCCAAAUGGCUCGCUGCUGCUGCCGCCACCACCACUGCUGCACCUGCUGCAAGCACCAUCUCUGGGAGGGGCGGGUUGGCAGCAGGCAUUGCAGAUGGGCCGCUGAGGGAAGUGGUGGGCGCGUGUGACGGGGUGACGUUCGUGUACCAUGAGUCCUCUGCUUCCCCACACAGCACUGGGACCCCUGUACAAGGUGCUCUUGCUCUUGCUUGUGCUGAUGGCACGUGGCUGGCAGGCCAGGCAGGGGCUCAGCACAACAGCCAAGCAGCUGGAGCAAGCAAGGAGGAAGAGGAAUGCGAGGAGGAGGAAACUGCAGUGUUGGGAGGUGCUGGUGGUGGUGGUGUGGAGAGAGGCAGGAGCACGGAGAGGCGAGUGGAAGAGCAGAGCAGUGAUACCACACGUGGAGGGGCGGCUGUGGAGUUGCUGACGUUUGAUGCGCUUGAAGGUGUUUCCGAUGACGUCAUGGACCUGUUUGGCUCUGAUGUCUUCUGA